AAUCUCUCCCACCCUUUAACCUCCCCACCCCUCCUUCCUACUUCUCCCACCCUCAUUAAAUUCUCUCUCUAGAUAUCUUCUGUUUCUUUCUCCAAAGCGCUUCUCUUCCCUCGCCGGAAUUCAUGAAGCUAAUAAGCUACGCCGCCUUCUUCUCCAAGAAAUUGAAAUCCAAGAUCAAGAAGAAGACCCGCAGCGAAUCAUCGUCCUUCCGAUCGUCGGCGACCAACUCUUCUUCGGACGAUUUGACCCCUAAAUCCGUUAUUCCCCGCCACGAAUUCUCUGUCGCCGUCUCCGAUCUCUUCGGCGUCUUCGAUCGCGACGGCGAUGGUAAGAUCACGAAACGAGAGCUCGAGAUCGUUCUGCGCAGGCUCAGCCGCGAUCCCCCAACCGACGACGAGCUCACCUCCAUGGUUGCAGAAAUAGAUCGCGACGGCGAUGGUUGCAUCAGCCUCGAGGAAUUCGGAGCAAUCGGCGUCGAAACCCUAGGCCCUCCUGCUGGAGGCAGCGAGCUCCGCGACGCCUUCGCCGUUUUUGAUGCGAAUGGAGAUGGUAAGAUCUCUGCGGAAGAGCUUCUCGGCGUCUUCCUGGCCAUUGGAGACUGCGGAUGUACUAUGGACGAUUGCCGGCGGAUGAUCGGCGGCGUGGAUUCCGACGGAGAUGGUUAUGUUUGUUUUAGUGAUUUUGUCCGGAUGAUGGACGGACAGAGAUGAUUGAGAGCUAUGAACGGACGGUGAUGAUGGAUGGGAGGUAGAAAUUUUAAAUAAAUAAAUAAAAGUAAGAGAAUGUAAGUGAAAAUAUCGAAUAGUCCAUUUAAUUGUGAUUAAAGGAUUUUUGGGGCUGUGUAAAAAAGAAAAUUACUUUGUUACCUAAUUGUUGGAGUACAAGAGAAUUGUCAAUUAUGGAAAAUUGUUGAAUAUGUUGAAAUAAAUGUGGCUGUAUUUGGUCAAAUUUGCUAAUAAAUAUUUUGAACUUUACUCUCUUA